AUGGCCAAGGUUGGUCAGCCCAGCGUACCAGAAGACCAGGAUAGUCAGGAUCGUCCACGACACAACUCACAAUCAUCUGAGCCAACUUUGAGAGGAGAGGACACAGCAAUAGAUCCUGCAAGCAGGAUGCCUGUCGAUCCUGAGAAUGGAAAAGAUAUCAAUAUCGUUGACUUGUGGGGACCAAACGAUGCGGAAUGUCCAACCGACCAGAGUCAGAAAGAGAAGUUCCUGGUGGCCUUCGAACUAUGUUCGUUGACCACCAGCAUCUACAUCGGCUCUUCCAUUUACAGCGCUGGCGAGCAACAGAUCACACAGGUUCUCGGUAUUUCGACAGUCGUUACGACCAUUGGUCUUACCAUAUUCGUUGCAGGCUACGGUCUCGGAUCAAUGAUAUGGAGUCCUAUGUCAGAGAUUCCGCAGAUUGGCAAUACCCUAGGGCAUAUGCUGACGAUGAGUCAGCNNUACAUUGCUACGCUUUUUGCGUUGAACUUUGACAUGAUCUACGCCACCAAUAUAGGUAUCACAUCGACACUCGUCAUAUUCAAACCCUUCAUACUAUCUUGUCAAAAGCNNAUGCUCUUUGCUCUUAGAUUCCNNCUCGCAGGAUUCGUCAUAAAUCCUGUGGUAGCCAUUGGUGGCUCCUCACUCGCUGAUAUGUAUGUGCCGGCGAAAAGGACUUAUACAAUCGCCAUCUGGUAA